AUGGCUUCGGGAAGGAGUGCGAACAAUGAGGCAGUUUCGCCUUUCAUCAAGCCUGACAGGAACCGGAGAAACUUUCUUAGAGCGAUGAGGAGCAGGGGAUCGACGCCAAGACCUACGAUCAAGAAGGAGGAUCCGGAUGCCAUGGAAGCUAAGGAGAAAAUGAUGUUGGAAGGUGGUGUUGAGGGGAGUGCAAAAGUGCGCGUCAAGAAUGAAGGUGAGGAAGAGUACAAUGAGUUUCCGUUGAGAGCGGUGGCGAAAGAAGACCUGGACUACAUGAGAACGCAUUUGUUGAAGUUCCAGAGUAAGAAAAAGAUUAACCCUAGUGAGGAUUUUCACUUGCCUAUUAGACUGCACAGAAAGGAUACGCGGAACCUGCAAUUUCAGUUGACGAGAGCAGAAAUUGUGCAAAGACAGAAGGAAAUUGCAGAUUUUAAGAACAAGCAGGACCAUGAUAAGGAUGUAGGGGUCAAGAGGGAGACCGAAAGUGAAACGCCCAAUGCAGCAACCCCUAUAGAGACAAAGGAAAAUACACCUGCUUCUGCGAUGUCUCCUACUCCCGCAUCUGGAACUUCUGUGCCUCCGAGAGCCUCCACUAACGGAGAUUCCGAAGUGAAGAGCGAGGUCAAGAAGGAGGAAGUACCAGCUGUGACGAAGCUGGAAGACGCGGGUCCAGCUGCUGAUCCAACAAAGGUUGGGUUGGUGAAGUACGAUGGGAAGGAGGAUUUAGCGGAAUUUGGUGAGGGAACGACCGAUCCCCUUGCUGAUGUGGCUCCUGACGGUGGUGGACGUGCCAAGAGAGGUAAUAUGAGAAGAAAGACUCGUCAGUUAAAAGUCCUUGACGAAAACGCCAAAAAACUAAGAUUUGAGGAAUUUUAUCCUUGGGUCAUGGAAGAUUACGAUGGUUACAACACCUGGGUUGGUUCGUACGAGGCAGGAAACUCUGAUUCAUACGUGUUACUAAGUGUGGAGGAUGACGGGAGCUUUACUAUGAUUCCAGCAGACAAGGUUUAUAAAUUUACUGCAAGAAACAAAUAUGCGACCCUAACGAUUGAUGAAGCUGAAAAGAGAAUGGACAAGAAGAGUGGAGAGGUACCCCGUUGGUUGAUGAAGCACUUGGACGAUAUAGGAACAACUACGACUAGAUACGAUCGGACGCGCAGAAAACUUAAGGCAGUCUCUGAUCAAAGAACAGCUGAUGAGGAACGUAGUGACAAUUCUGAAGUAGAGUUGGAUUAUGAUGAGGAAUUUGCCGAUGAUGAGGAAGCUCCUAUCAUCGAUGGUAAUGAACAAGAAAAUAAAGAAUCCGAGGACAGGAUAAAGAAAGAGAUGAUGCAAGCAAAUGCCAUGGGUUUGCGUGAUAAUCAACCUCCGUCCGGCGAUGAAGAAGAUUUAUUUAACGAGAAAAAGAUUGAUGAAGAAGGUGAAAGAAUCAAGAAAGCUCUUCAAAAGACUGAACUUGCAGCUUUAUAUUCAUCUGACGAUGAGAUGAACCCUUAUUUAUCGGAAUCGGAUGUUGAGAAUAACCAGUCUGAUCAAGUGAAGAAGGAAAAUGCAGAGGAAAGCCUGUCGAGAAAAUCUUCACCUAAGAAGGAUUCGAAUGGUACAAAUAAUGUCAAUAGGGAACCGCAGAUCAGGGUCAAGAGUAUAAAGGACAGCAUAAUCAUUUUGAAAGCCGACAAGAAACUAUUGAAAGGGUUCCCAGAGGGUGAAUGGAGUCCUAAGGUGGCCAAACGUAAGAGAGAAGAAAAUGAGACAGAUGACACUUCAAAUAAGAAAGUUAAAGUCGAAGAAGGUUCUGUGCCAUUGAUAACGGAACAAGGGAUACGAGAUGCUAUUGGGAACGGUGUUGUUAAUGUCAAAGAAUUCGGUAAAUCCAUCAGGAAAAUGUACCCCGGACUCGAGAACAAACAACUGAUGGUUGCCAUAGUUAAAAAGCUGUGCAGAGCAGUCGACAAGCAGCAUAUGGAGCUGAAGAAAUGA